CACUACCUAAAGUCACACAGACCCAGGACAGUGCAGGGAGAAGACACAGCUACAAACGUACAUUAGAGUUGAGGUUAGAAGUAGAAGUUACUGUAUUUGACCACAAGUGUGUUAAGAUGUCAGAGGGAGUCUAUGAAACCUCAGAUGGAUUUGAAGACGAUGAGCCUGAUGCAAUGAAGAACACAGACAUUGAUGGCCAAUUAUAUUCCAAUGUAAGAGCCUUCAAGCCCAGUCCAAGAGAUGGAGUUGUUGCUUCAGUACAUGUUCAGUGGUGGAAGAGACCCUCUGGAGUUGCUGCAGUGUGUCUGGGGCUGCUGUGUGUUCUCCUACUGGCUGGGAUCAUAGGCCUGGCUGUCUACUACAGCAACAUCUCAAAGAACUCAUCUGCAGAGAGAGACCAGCUACAGACCAGUUACAACACCCUGACUAAAGAGAGAGACCAGCUACAGACCAGCUACAACAACCUGACUAAAGAGGGAGACCAGCUACAGACCAGUUAUAACAACCUGACUAAAGAGAGUUACCGGCUACAAACCAGUUACAACAACCUGACCAAAGAGAGAGACCAGCUACAGACCAGUUAUAACAACGUGACUAAAGAAAGAGACCAGCUACAGACCAGUUAUAACAACGUGACUAAAGAAAGAGACCAGCUACAGACUGAGAGAGAUGUUCUUAGCAGCAAGCUUUCCAAUCUCAAACAAACCUGUCCUGAAGGCUGGCAGAAGUUUGAAUCAAGUUGGUACUUCCUGUCUACUGAGUCUAAAACCUGGAAGGAGAGCAGACAGGACUGUCUGGAGAGAGGAGCAGAUCUGGUGAUCAUAAACAGUGAUAAGGAACAGACAUUUCUCGUCAACCUCAAGAAGAGAUUCUGGAUUGGUCUAACCGAUUCUGUUAAUGAGAGGACCUGGAAAUGGGUGGACGGCACUCCACUGACCACAGGGUACUGGUAUUACCCACAGCCUGAUAAUGGUGGUGGCAAACCAGAAAAUGGUGAGGAGGACUGUGUUGAGAUACGUAAUGAUCAGGGUCCUCUGGAGGCAUGGAAUGACUUGUCGUGUGACAGCAAACUCAACUGGAUUUGUGAGAAAGUGGUUUAACAUCACCAUGACAACAUACUGACAACAUCUCUCUCUCUCUCAAAUGCAAGCUGCUUUAUUUUCAUGAAAAACAUUGUGUCAAUAUUGCCAAAGCAACAAUGUAUACAAUAUACAUUGUAAUAAAAUUAUAAACAAUGACAAAUAAUAAUAUAGAAUGGCAGUAAAUAAUAAUACAAAAUGAAAUAUGAAAAUAGUAACAAUAAAAUGGUAACAGUCAAUAGUCGAAUGUAAUGUAAUAAAUAUAAAAAAAAUUAAGAAAAU